CACAGUAUCACCUAAUCGCAGUCAGUCACUUUGCAAUAACAGACGUGGUAAACACGAGUACAAUCAAAUUAGUCAGGUGCAAGGAACGAGUUUUAUUGAUCCAAUGGAGAAUUUUGAGAUUGAUUUUACUUACUUUAUAAAUCCACCUUCAUUACGUAGACGACCAUUCCUUCCACCUUCCUUAGUGGACGCGUGCGAUACGACCUCGGAAAAAUCAAUAAAAUUAGCUGAAGGAUUCCCUAACGAUGCAAACUUUCCGUUUAAAGAAAUAAGUGUUUUAUUGAAGGACGGCACAAGUUAUCGUUUGGAAGGGGAACAACUGGCAACAUCUCUGCAUUACAUUCCCACAAAGGGUUACCCACCGUUAGUAUCAACUCUAAAGGACUUUACACAGCAAAUUCAUCAACCCCCGUACUGGUCUCAAAGAGACGUUUUGGUAACUGUGGGAUCACAAGAGGCGAUGAGUAAAGUUCUUGAGAUGUGUCUGGAAGAAGGUGAUCCAAUACUCGUACAGAAUCCACUUUAUUCCGGGAUAGCUGUUGUGUUGGCGCCAUUCCAAUUAACUCUUAUACCAAUAAACCAAGACGCAAACGGAAUGGUACCGGACCUUCUCCAACAAGCUCUAGUACAACGAAAGGAAGAAUGCCUACUGGAUAGACAAUUAAAAAUGCCAAAGAUCCUUUACAUUAAUCCAACGGGAGCAAAUCCAGUGGGGACAACACUACCAUUAGAUCGACGACAAGAAAUUUACCGCAUUUGUUGCGAAUACAACAUUUUGGUCCUAGAAGACGAUCCUUACUGCUUCAUGAACUACAAGGAUCCAACACCACCAUCGUUUUUGUCCUUCGAUACCGAAGGACGCGUCAUCCGAAUGGAUUCGUUUUCUAAGAUAUUAUGUCCAGGUCUCAGAAUUGGGUGGGUUACUGCCGCUAAGCCUCUCAUUGACGUGUUAGAGUUGUGCAUAGAAAACUGCUACUUAUGCUCGGUCAGCUUAACGCAGGUGAUAACUUACAACCUGCUGAACGGUUGGGGCCUUAAAGGAACGUUGAAAUAUUUUAGAUCAGUGCGAGAUGACAAUAGGAAAAGACGGGAUAUAAUGUUGCUUGCAAUGGAUCGUCAUCUGAAGGGAUUGUGCGAUUGGACUGUACCCGAUGGGGGGAUGUACGCCUGGAUCAAAGUACGCGAUAUACCUGAUGUACAGGAUAUGUUAUUAAUUAGAGGGAAGAAGAAGUGCGUGACUUUUGCGCCUGGUCAACUGUACAUGGUAGAUUCCCAGAAAGCAUGCAAUUAUAUUAGAGCUUCGUUUUGCCGAGAAGAUCCUAAGUUAAUUGAUAAGGGAAUGCAGUUGCUAGCAGAACUUAUAAUAGAAGAGAAGGCAUUUCACUUAAAAUGAUUAUACAUCAUAAAAAUCUUGUCACUAAUAAAAAUUUUUUUUUUUUACUUUGAAU